AUGUUUCUGUACACACAGGUGGACGCCAUCUGGUGCAAAGUCUUCCCGUCCACUCUGACUAGGAUAGCUCAGACGUGGUGUAAAAAUCUCAAACGAGGUAGCAUCUCAAGCUUUUCUCAGCUAUCAUCUACAUUUAGUACACAUUUCGUAAGCAAUAGGCGCCGUGAGCGUAAUACCGGAGAAUUGCUUUCAGUUAAGCAAGGGGCAAAUGAGAGUCUAAGGGAUUAUAUCGGUCGUUUCAAUGUCGAAGCGGUCUCGAUACCCAGGCUGCAGCAAGACGUGGCUGUGUUAGCUCUGAUGACGGGACUCAAGGAAGGAUCGCCAUUCCAGAACUAUCUAGGCCGAAAAUCCUACACAUCCCUGGGCCCAGUCCUUGGUAAGGCCAGUGAUUACAUCAGAGGAGAAGAGUUCGACAAGGCAGUAGGCAGCCGUGAAUCAGAUAAGAAGGAGGAUAGGCAGAGAAAAGAAAAAGGUUGCGAGAGUGACCGCGGCCGAGAUGAAAGAAGGCAGGAGUCUAAUAUGGUCAAGAGAGGAAAUGACCGAGAAAGAGAAAAUGAGAAGUAUGACCGCGAUCGGAGAGACCGCGAGAAAAGCAAUCGAGAAGGGGGUGAACGCAAGGAUAGAUUCGAUGCGUACACUCAGCUCACUACUUCAAGAAGCCAGAUUUUGCUAAUGAACAAGGAUAGUGACAAAUGGUAG